GCCCUGAUAUCAAAUCAAUCCAAACCCUCAAAAAAGGAGCAAUCCUCAUCCAAAAAUAAGGAAACUUCGCUUCUCGUCCAUUUUGUUGGUGACAGUUUCUGCUUUUGUCCUCCUUUGUCUUCCUCCUCAUUCAUGCAGAGCAGCAGCGGAGGAGGAACAUGCAGAAACCCCAAUCCCAUUUCAUUAGCUUAUACAGUACUACGUAAAAAUAAAUUUUACUUGAUUGGCUUGUGCAUUACAUGAUCUCAAUCUACUUGUUCUUCUUCUUCUUUGUGCACCGAGUUUCUUUUCACAUACGUAAGGAAACAAAAGGGUGAGUUUAUAUAAUCCAGUCAAGAUGAACGACUUAUUUUCGAGCUCGUUCAAGAAAUACACCGACCUGAAGCAGCAGGCCUACCUGGACGACAUGGAGGCAGGGAAGGAGAAUAUUAAUCUUGACAAGUUUUUCGAAGAUGUAGAGAAUGUGAAGGAGGAUAUGAGACAGGUGGAGAAGCUCUACAGGCAGCUACAGGAGGCCAAUGAAGAGUGCAAGAUUGUCCACAAUGCGAAAACCAUGAAGGAGCUCCGGACCAGAAUGGACUUGGAUGUGGAGCAAGUGCUCAAGAAGGUGAAGAUCAUUAAGGGAAAGCUGGAAGGUUUAGAGCGUUCGAAUGCAGCUCAUCGAAACAACCCGGGUUGUGGACCUGGUUCUUCAGCUGAUCGAACGAGGACCUCAGUUGUUAGUGGGUUGGGGAAGAAGCUUAAGGGCAUGAUGGAUGACUUUUCGGGGCUGAGAGGAAGAAUGACAGCUGAGUACAAGGAGACAGUGGAGCGUAGGUACUUCACUAUAACCGGAGAGAAAGCAAGCGAAGACACGAUUGAGAAUUUGAUAGCAAGUGGAGAAAGUGAGAAUUUCAUGCAGAAGGCUAUUCAGGAACAGGGGAGAGGUCAGAUUAUGGAUACCAUUUCCGAAAUUCAAGAAAGACAUGAUGCUGUGAAGGAGAUUGAGAAGAACUUGAUCGAGCUGCAUCAGAUAUUUUUGGACAUGGCUGCUCUUGUAGAAGCACAAGGGCACCAGUUGAAUGACAUUGAGAGCCAUGUUAUGCAUGCUAGUUCCUUUGUCAGACGCGGCACGGAUCAGCUUCAAGAGGCUAAGGAGCAGCAAAAGAAGUCGAGGAAGUGGGCGUGCAUUGCUACACUUCUUGGAAUAGUUCUUCUGAUUCUCAUCCUAAUUCCAAUAUUAUUGCAAGUUUUCCCACAUAUAAUGAAUAAAUGAGAGGGGGUCCUUGACUUUCUUUGUUCUUGGAGCUGUGAAUCCCUGUCUGUGAAUGCAUGUGUACUCGGAUUUUCACCGUAGGAAGGAACAUAAUUAGAUCUUCAGAAAAGUUUUGUUUGUGCGGUUUCAAUGUCUCACCCGAUCCAACUUGGUGACCCAAAGCAAAGUAGCACAUCUAGACAUACCGAAGUUCAAUGGGUUCAUUUCACAUUGGCGCGUUCCAUAAGGUUUUGAAACUCAGUUGCGUUCACAUUUGGGGAAUCCUGUAAGCUUUUGAAUCUCUGCCAGAAUCUCUUGAAAUUCUUAUGCAAGAGAUAUCAUGACAUAGAGAUCAUUUGUAAUAGCAAAUGUACUCUCAUUCUAUGAAUGACACUGCAAAAGCAAUCCCUACCCACUAUUA